UCUGAACAUCAACACAGACACAGACACAGUCAGAGUUUACUGAUCCAAACAAUCCAGAGGAGCCCACGUGACCUAGUGUGACUUCACACGGAGACGUCGAGCCUUGAUGACGUCAUGUUGCGCGACUCUAGUCAUGCCUCCAGCUCCUUCAGUGGUGUUUAUUCAUGAAGUUAUGUAGAAAGAAGGAAUGUGGGUUUGAUUUUGAUUUCUACAGGAAGUGUGAGUUGCAUUUAAAUAUUCAUAACGACGUUUAGCUCCCAUGAGAAAGAGAUCUGUAUCUUUAAAGGGACUACUGGCAUUUGGAAACAGCAAGGUUACUAGCAGGCUAGUCUCAUUUUCAUGUUGUUGAUUCAUGCAUAGUAAAUACAUGCUGAUUUAUAACUGAAGUGAAUGUGCAGUGUAGUAAUAGAUCAUCUACAUUAAGUUCUAACAUGGGCUCCACCUUGAUAUUAAAAGUCAGAAUAUGCCUGAAACCCUUCAAGCCAUUCUUUUACCAGGGAAGCUCAGCCUUCUACACACUCAAGUCAUCACCGAUGCCCCUCUCAGCACGCUUUCUGUGCACCAGACACACUGACCCAGACCCAGGAGGCAGACAGAAAGACAGAAGGAACAGUGGACAGACUGAUGGUCAGGGGGGAGGAAGAAAUAGCACCAGCAGACUGUGGGAAGAGGAAUUGAGGGAUGGUGCUGGUAAGGGAAAAGGGAAAAGUUCCACUCUUUGGCAGAGGUCUUCUUACCCUAAAUCCGUGUUUGCUGCCGGGACGGCAAAGAGGACGACAGAGAUGCUGAAGCGGAAAACAUCUCGGUUUGCUCAGGAUGAGGAUCAGCAUGAAGGGGACCCUGACAGGAGGACAAGUAGAGGAGCAGCGAUGGUGAAGCCUCCCGACCGGCCUCUCUCUGUUGCUGACUGGAGGGAGCUGAAGGAGUCUCUGGGAAAUCGUGAACGCUUUGACAUCCAGAUGAUGUGUGCGCUGUUCACCUCCGGGGCAGACCUGGAUAUCGCCAAGUCCCUUCUGACGUUUGUAGCCAUGGAAACGGGGACGCUGUCUUACGAGCUGCUGCUACGUUACCUGACGCUGUGUGUGAGCGGCGGCCAUGAUGCAGAGGUGUUCGAUGUCUUUGACAUUAUGCAAGGAAGUUUCCCUUCUCUGGACACGGGGGCCUCCAGCCUCUUUAUCAAGUCCUUCAGCCGGACGGAGAGGUGGAGGGAGGCUAUCGGCAUCCUGCGUGAGGUGAAAAAGGUCUUCACCCCAUCACCACGCAACUAUGGUGAUAUCAUCGCAGCAGCGAUGGUAAAUGGUGACACGGCCACUGCCUGGGCUCUGUAUGAUGAGUUGAUGGAAAACGGACUGAGCCCGCACCAGGAGACCUGGGGCGCUCUGUUUAAGGAAGUGAGGAAGACUAAGGAGGAAAAAGAGAAGGAGGCAGAGGCCAUGUCUCUGUCUGAUCACCAGGAGAGGCUGCUGGGGAUUAUUCUCUACAUGAGGAACAACCAGAUCUACCCCCAACACAACAUCGCCAUCAGCAUCAGGGCCUGGUUUGAGAGUCUCACAGGGCAGAGAUGGACAGGAAGUUGGACCAGCGCCAACCCAAAGGGUGUGUGUAGGUGUUGUGGGUCUGAGUUAGAGUCCAUCCAGCUGACUGCUGGGGAGUACCAACAGCUGAAAGACAGAGUGAUGACUGACAUCAUUCAGGGACCAGAUGUUUUUAAAAAAACUACACCAGAGGAGUUGGAGAAGUUCAAGAUGUUUGUGGAGAGGAAGCCAGCUUUUGAUGUGGUCAUAGAUGGGCUGAAUGUGGCAAAUAUCAACAAGGAGAAAAGCAAGCAGUCAGAGACGUUGUUGGCGGUGGUGUCAGAGCUGCACAGUCAGGGCCUGACUGUUCUGGUGUUGGGGAGGAAACACAUGCUGCGGUCCUCCAGGUCCUGGGAGAGACACAACAUGAAUCUGAUCCAGCAGAAGGCUCAUUGCUUCUUCACUGAAAACAUCUCGGAGGAUGACCCCUUCUUGCUGUACGCCACAUUGCAGUCCGGGAACCACUGUCUGUUUGUGAGUAGGGACCUGAUGAGGGACCACAAGGCCUGCCUGCCAGACGGAGCCACCCGAAGGCUCUUCUUCAAGUGGCAGAGAGGCCACCAGCUGCUAGUGGACGGGUACGUCACAGCAGGGAGGAAGGUCCAUUUCCAGAGUAUUCCCAGCUACGACACCAUUGUCCAGACAUCAGCGGACUCGUGGCACAUUCCCUACGACGACACAGAGGACAGGAGCACCUAUGAAGUACCACAACGAUGGCUCUGCCUCACCACAAAGACCUGAACACACAACUCAUAUGUUUGAUCAUAACGCUGGACUUGUAAAUAAAUCAUGU